GAAAUAAAACCCCCGGAAUAAAGACCCCCGGAAUAAAAACCCCUGGGAAAAAAAACCCCAGGAAAAGAAACCCAGCAAAAUUCAAAUUCAAAAUAAUUUCUUAUACAACUGCAAAUUUUAUUAUUUUCAAUGUUCAUUAGCUCAUUUCUUCCCUUAAUCCCAGACAUUCCUAAUGAGUUUUUGUAGUUAAAUGGGUAAUUAAUGAGCGCGGUAAAAUAAAAUCUCCUAUUAUUAUUGCAUUUUGCAAAUCUUGUUGAUAAGUGCACUUAAUCGUAAUUAGGCAUUCUUAAUGGGGUUACAUUCUUUUCAAUCCCAUUGACGAUGGUUUCUAUAUAAAUUAAUAUUUUCAAAAUAAUUGUUACAAUUUAACAAACUAUGGAGGUGAUAACUUCAAAUAAAGGUGGUCAAAAGUUAUGUUUUGGUGGUUACAUGUACGUUGUACAUAAACGAUGUGCUAACAAUAUUCGCUGGAGAUGUAAUAAAUAUACUUCAUUAAAGGUAAACCUUUUUUUAUUUUUUGCCAUUAUACCACUAUGGUCUAUAGCGCAAUCAAAACCGAGAACGAGACAUUUCGUGGAUUGCCACAGUAGAACGGUCAGGUAUUAAAGUGUUCUACUUUGGCAAUGCACGAAAUAUCUCGUUCACGGUUGUGAUCCUACUAUAAGUGUUAGGUAUAACUUCAAUAAAUGAAUAUUUUAAAUAAAUUUAUUUACUUUUUAUAGUGCCGGGCGAUACUCGUCACGUCGUUGGACAAUGAGGAUCCAGAUUUACGGGCAGAGCAUAAUCAUCCUAAUAAUGCCGAAGAAAUCAAUGCGGUCAAGUGUAUCCAAGGUAUGAAGGUUAGAGCUAGGGAUACAUUGGCUAAACCUAUUCAAAUAUAUGCCGAAGCUGUGCAACAAUUGCCAAACUCGACACGUGCUGUAUUGCCAACUGAAGAUGCAAUUAAAAGGACGUUGCGAAAUCACAAGGGCGCUAAAUUUCCAGAUCCACAAAGCUUGCAAGAACUUCUUAUUGAAGGCGACUGGCGUACUACAGGAGAGCCCAACAAUGAAAGGUUCCUCCUACAUGACAAUGGACCAAAUUCGGACGAGCGGGUGAUAAUAUUUGCUACUGAUGGAUGUUUGGUCCAUCUUGCGAAUUCUACAGCGUGGUUUGUAGAUGGGAACUUCUCUCUAGCGCCAAAUCUUUUUUUGCAACUAUAUGUGGUGCGUGUCAAAAUACAAGGACUUUUUGUAACAUGCGCUUAUAGUUUGUUGCAAAGGAAGACACAAACCAGUUACGAAAUCAUGCUCAGGGCACUAGUAAGCAGUUGCGAGGAGAGAAAUCUGUUUCCAGAUCCUCUAUCAAUAAACAUGGAUUUUGAAAGAGCUGCAAUUCAAGCAUUUCAGGCUGUAUUUGGAGAUCAUAUUACUAUUCGCGGGUGCUUUUACCAUUUGUGUCAGUCUACCCAACGAAAAUUACAAGAACUUGGGUUGCAACGUCGCUAUCGAGAAGAUGAAGAUUUUUCAAACUUUUGUGGUAUGCUGGACGGCUUAGCCUUUCUACCUUUGGAAGAUGUUGCCAGAGGUAUGGAGUUUUUAAGGCAAAACAUCCCCGAAGGUGCCGAAGACCUCGUGGAGUACUUCGAUGCCACGUACGUGUCAGGGACAAAUAGACGAGUAGGAAAUGUCAAUGAUGAUAAUGUGCGGAUACGAAAUGUCCCGCCGGUUUUUCCUCCGCCUUGCUGGAAUGUACAUAAUACCACCCUUCAAGACGAUGAGCGGACUAACAACCAUACCGAAGGUUGGAACCAUCGAUUUUCGACCUUGGUCGGCCAAAACCAUCCCACCGUAUGGGUGCUCAUACAAAAAAUGAGGCAGGAAUUAUCGACGGAUGAAACCAAGGUGCAGCAGCGACAAAUAGGAAGACAAAUGCCGAAAAAGAAAAAGCCAGCUUAUGUUGUUAUGCAGGCUAGGCUGAAACUGUUAUGCGAAGAGUAUCGGGAUGGAGUAAGGAAUUUAGUAGAUUUUCUAAAUGCUGUUAGCCAUAACAUAAGAUUUUAAUAACCAUACAUGUACAUGUGUUCAGUGAUCUCACCUAAUAAUAACUGUUACCCUGUACCAUAAUGUUUUUUUAUUCUAUUUCAAUAAAUAUACUUUUUUCAUUAUUGCAUUAAUUAAUUACCCAUUUCAAUGUACCAACUCAUUAUUAUGAAUUGGGUUAAGAGAACUUAUGAGUUAAUCUGCAGUUGUUACCAACUUCGC